GUAACGCAGGCCCUAACCGUUUUUAGAAAUAAUUAGCCGUUUUCGACUGCGUCAGUGGGAAUGGUGCUUUUUCCACCAUCACAGCUGGUUUAUAGUAUGGAAAUAGCAUCUUUCCACGUUAUUUGAAGGUGAGACUUAAUUGCUCUACAAACUUAGAGCAUGCGGCCCCCGUGAUACAGAGAGAGGGGCAUUUACAUAAUGGAGGAUUGAGAUUGAGGUCCGAGAGACAGAGAGAGAGAGGCGGCAAGGCCUUUUAGGGUUAGAGCUUGGGUGGGGUCAGGGAAGGAGUAAAUUAAAUGGCAGCAUUUGGUUACUUCUCACGCUCCUCUUUGAACACCACUUGCAGAACUGCUAUUCUACAAGAACAUCAUCAACAGAGGGGCCUGAACAACAUAAUACGCAUCCCUCCUCCUCCUCCUCCUCUAUCAAUAAAUGUGCCAUCUCUCUCUUCUCAUUGUUCUAUGACAAAUGUUAGUGCGAAGACUGUAUUUCAUCACAGAUGUUUUGCUGGGGUGCCAUAUGAAUCCUCCUCCUCUCCCCAAUUCAAAGAGGUGCUUGAAUCAUUGAUAGAAAUGGAAGAUUUAUCAAAAGAAGAGGCAGAAGCAGCUCUUGAUUAUUUAUUGAGUGAAGCUAAUGAAGCUCAAAUUAGUGCCUUUCUAGUCCUUCUAAGGGCCAAGGGGGAAACGUAUGAAGAAAUUACUGGUUUGGCUAAGGCAAUGAUCAAAUACUGCAUAAGAGUAGAAGGAUUGAGUGAGGCAGUGGACAUUGUUGGGACAGGUGGUGAUGGUGCGAACACAGUUAAUAUUUCAACUGGGGCUUCUAUCCUAGCUGCUGCUUGUGGUGCAAAAGUAGCAAAGCAAGGGAACCGAUCUAGUUCUUCAGCAUGUGGAAGCGCAGAUGUUCUGGAGGAAUUGGGUGUCAUUAUAGAUUUGGAGCCUGAGGGGGUAAAGAAAUGCGUCAAAGACGUUGGCAUUGGUUUCAUGAUGGCUCCCAAGUUUCAUCCAGCAAUGAAAGUUGUUGGCCCUGUAAGGAAAAAUCUUAAAGUGAAAACAGUUUUCAAUAUUUUGGGCCCAAUGUUAAAUCCAGCUCGAGUUCCUUUUGCUGUUGUCGGUGUCUACGAUGUGGAUAUAGUCGGUAAGAUGGCAAAAGCACUUCAAAGUUUUGGAAUGCAAAGAGCAUUGGUGGUCCAUUCAGAGGGCUUAGAUGAGAUGAGUCCACUUGGUCCUGGAAUGAUUCUUGAUGUCACUCCUGGAAAAAUAGAGAAGUUCUCCUUUGAUCCUUUGGAUUUUGGUAUCCAACGCUGCACUUUAGAAAGUCUGAAAGGUGGGGGACCUGAAUUCAAUUCCAAGGUACUAAGGGACGUGUUAUCGGGUGAGAGAGGGGCUAUUGCAGACGCUUUUGUUCUAAAUGCUGCAGCAGCACUCCUGGUAAGUGGACAUGUCCAAACCCUGUCUGAAGGAGUUUCCAUGGCUCGUGAAACUCAGGAGUCAGGAAAGGCCAUCAAGACACUCGACUCGUGGGUUUCUCUGUCUAAGAGAUUGAAAGAAGCAGCAGUCAUAGUGGCUUAAACUGAGCAAUUAUGCCUGUUGGCUGCACUUGCAGAGAAGUGUAUCAUGCAGCAGCCGUCAUACAAAAUUUCAGUUGCAGCUGCCUGAGAUUGGAAGGAGAAACCCAUUUGUUACUUAGCUUUAUCUCAUAGAUGUAUAUCAAUCUUCAUUGUUCUUUCAAAGAACUUGAACACACAUAAAUAAUCAUUUCUUAAGUUUUGACGAAAUGAUAAUUGAACAUGGAAUUUAACAUGUUUAUAGAGUAAAGUUUGAAGAUAUGGUCUCCGCAAA